UUCUGACUCCAAAAGUCGGCUUAUAGUCCAAUUCGUUAUUUGGUUUAAAUGACGUACUUUUGAGAUGAUUGAAAAGUAUUCUUAAUGGUUGCUGCGACGACCCAGAGGAGAGAAUUCGCAGAGGUGGACGUAAGUUGUGUAAGUUUUCUAUCCUUUAAUCGCCCUCAAGCUGGUCGAAGGUCGUACGAUAGAAUUCAUUCGCAUAGUUUCGAAGUAACAGCUUACACAUUGGAGUGCGAAAGAGCUGCAGACGAUGGAAAAGCAAUCGGAAAAUGUAUUUACCUGGAUUAUUACAUCGUUUAGUAUGUGCCACCAGCCAAACAAACAAUUUCUACGGAGCCCAGAGUUUACUUCUAAUUAUUUACCCGAUAUGAACUGGCAAAUUUUGUUACUUCCGAGAGGGAAUAGUGAUGAAAACUACAUAGCUGUGUACCUCAGAAGAACUGAUGGUAUUCCAGAAUUGUGUAAUAUAAAUUACACAAUGCAAGGACUGGAUGUGAAUGGAAAGUCAGUUUUUUAUUCUAACGUUUGUACUAGAGAAUUUGAAGGUGAAUCUACUUGGGGAUGUCCAAUGAUGUGCAAAAGGGAUUCUCUUUUUAUGUCACUCAAAAAUGAUAUUCUAAUUAUAGAAUUGACUUUGAGUCCUAGUGAUCAAGAAUUACUGCCUACUCUUUCUUACAAAAAUGGACUGUUUGCAGAUGUCGUGUUGCGCGCAAAUGGUGCAGAAUUCAAAGUACAUAAAGCUGUUUUGUUGGCGAGAUGGCCCAAACUUGUAGAAAAACUAGACACAGAAGGGACUUGUGAACAAGUUUUCGAUAUGGGAUCGAACGUACUGGAGGCAAUACUGAAAUAUGUUUACACCGGGAAACUAGACUGUAAUGAAUCUGAUUCGUUAGCCGAACUGUAUACUGCUUGUGAAAAAUGCGAACUCCCCAUUUUGCAAAUUUGUUUACCUGUUGUGACACAAAAAGCACGAACUUCUAUUAAUGUACAGAAAAUAUCAUUUGAGUGGCCAAUAAAGAAUUUCUCAAGCCUGCCACUUAAUACAGUGUUACACUGCCAUUCAUUCAAUGUCGAUAUUUUGAAGUCUUGUAAGUGGAAUUUAAGUCUUCACAUAUAUGAAGAUGAAAUGUACGGUUGCAGAGCCUUUGAUAUUUUCUUAUGCAAGAUGAAUGAUCCUGAAAGUAAUCCGAUUUUCGUGAGAAGCAAUAUAUUCAAUGGUUUUAGUUCUUUUGAAAAUGAGCACUUGUUCGGAAUAGAGAAAAACUGGAAGUGUGGGAACUUUUCACGGGUUGCUGUGGAUCCUGACGGCGUAUUGAGACUUAAGUUCGAAUUUAGGUUUUCUGAUUGCAGCAGUGUUUCUGAAAUAAGGGAAUCUUCUUAUGCCUACGUACCAUCUAUUAAUUGCCAUUCCAUAAACAAUGACUUCAGAAAUCUUUACAAUUCUGGUAUGUUAUCGGAUAUCAAUAUUAUCGUCGGUUCCGAAACAUUCCCCGCGCAUAAAUUUGUUUUAUGCGCCCGAUCUCCGGUAUUUUCCAGAAUGUUCCAAACUGACAUGAUCGAAUUGGACAAAAAUGACGUUAAAAUUUCAGAUAUUGAACCUCAGAUAAUGGAUAAAUUACUUCUGUUCAUGUACACAGGCAGUUUUGAAACAUCUUUGGGUGAAGCAGCUGAACAGCUGUACGUGGUAGCUGAUAAAUAUGAUGUUCCUGCAUUGAAGAAAAGGUGCUCAUCUUUUCUGAAAUCGAAUCUGAAUGCUAAAAAUGUGUGCAGAAUAUUAGAGUUAGCCAAUAUGCAUUCCGAUGAUGAUUUGUACAAGAGUGUGUUUAGAUAUUCAUUUGAGCAUGCAGAGGAAAUUUUCUCUACUGAUGAAUGGGAAGCUAUCGCAAAAGGUAACUUAUACGUGAAAUUUCUGCAGGAAAUGUUUCUCGAGGAGAGACUCACAAAGACAUAUUAUCAAAUGGCUGAAUUAGUGGAUAGAUACCCCGUAAUUAAUAAACCAAUAAGAAUAGCAAUAUGGAAUGCCAAUGGUCUCCUUAGAAGAUUGGAUGAACUGCGAGAAUUUUUGAGGAAUCAUGAUAUAGACAUUGCCAUAAUUACAGAGACACAUGCCUCCAAAAAUCGUCAAUUCAGUAUUCCAAACUACUGUUCUUACGGAUGUGAACGUGUGAACUCUCGUGGUGGAGGUGUCAUGCUAUAUGUAAAACAAGAUUACGAAUCACAUCUCAUCAAACAAAGCCGCGAAUACGGCUGCGAACUUGUUACUGCCAGUGUUGUCUUGCCGAUAUACGGGAAGAUUAACUUUAGUGCAUUCUAUAAUCCUCCAAAAAAUACACUCAGCGACGAAAUUCUAAAUUCAAUCCUCCCUUCAGAGACUCCUACUAUUGUGGCUGGUGACUUCAAUGCAAAACACAAGUCUUGGAAAUGUCGAAAGAGUAAUAAAAAUGGGAGAGUGUUACAUACCUACAUAAUCGAGAGGAAUCGGAUUAAGAUUCAUGCUCCCAAUGAAUAUAUUUACAGAUCGCGCAGGAAUGAAUUCUCAGAUAUCCUCGAUAUAUCACUCUCUAACACUGAAAUUCCCAUCACUCUGAACGUCAAGAAUGAACUUAGCUCGGACCACCUUCCAAUAGACGCGGACGAGGACGGUCGCUCGCUUUGCGAGCUCCCGCCGACACAGCCUUCAUCCAUGGAAUUUUGUGAUUCUUCGCAAACAAAUGCUUUACCUUUGGAUACUCCAAACGUGCAAUCAUGUACAGAGAGCAAUCCAUCUGAUGAUAAUACCCAAGACGACCGAUCUAAUCUUAUCACUGAAUUUUACGGACUCAAAACUCAGUUUGAAGCCAUUCAACAGCAGAAAAUGUUCCUAAAACGAACUGGAGCCCCCCUGGAUACUUCUGGAUACCAACAACUAGACCUAGCGGGUAAGACACUCUUUAAUAAGAUCAACGACAUUGCAAACCGACUUAAUGUACAGAUAUUCCAACUCCCUGCCACCUUACAAGAAUUUCAGCAACUAUUAGAAAACGAGAAAAUUGCCAAAAUGGCCGCCGAAAAAGAAGCUCUUCUCCGCAAGGAGAAACUCAAGGACAAUUUGAAACCUGUUUCUCGCACGCAUAGCGUAAAGAAGCAAGCAGAUAGACCAGUUUCGACUCCCUCGGCUCAAGAUACCAUUACUGCCUCCAGCAGAAAAAGAAAGACUGCGAGCGUAGAUUCGGAGGGCUUUAUUACCCCCGCAUCACGCAAACAGGGAAAAACUCCAGAAAUCAUUACAAUUGAUGAUAGUAACCCCACUGAAUUUCAGUGUGCACAAAGCUAUUUAUGGGCGAGAUGGCCUGAAAUGGCAAAAAAACUCGAAGCCAAAAAUUCUGAGAUACAUUUGGAUGUCGAGCCAAAUAUGCUGGAAACUAUCAUCAAGUAUAUUUACACUGGAGAAAUGGAUUUCAACAAACAUGAGUCUUUAGAUAUUUACGCUGCUGCGGUAAAAUGUGAAAUUUCUAGUCUGAGUUCUUUACCUAUUGUGGCAAUGACAGCGCGAACCCAUAUUAAUGUAAAGAAAAUAUCAUUUGAGUGGCCAAUAGGAAAACUUUCCCGUUUGCCUGUUCAUACAGAGCUGCAAAGUCAUGUAUUCGCUGCUCAUGGUACGAGUGAGUGGAGUUUAAUUUUUAACAUUCGUAUGGAUGCAAAGACUGGUAAACUGUUCAAGAUCUCCCUUUGUCGCAAAAAUUGUUUAUUUUCAAUGAAACCUGUUUUCGUUAGAACUAAAAUAUCCUUGGAUAAGUUCUCUAAAACAUAUCUUGCUGAAGGCGAACACAUGUUCAAGUCGUUUGAAAAUUGGGUAUGUGCUGAGUUUCCAGGGGGAAUGGAUUCUGAAGAACUGGAAGAUGUGCUACUACUUAAAUGCGAAUUUAAGUUUGCCGAUUGGAAAUAUUCUACUCAUGUUGAGGAAAUCGAACAUGCUUUUGUAUCCCCUAUAAUAAACCAUUUCAGGGCUGAUCUUCGAAAUCUUUAUAAAGGCGGAAAGGUAUCAGAUAUCGACAUAGCAGUCGGUUCGAGAAUAUUUCCCGCUCAUAAAUUUAUUCUAUGCGCACGAUCUUCUGUAUUUUUUAGAAUUUUUGAAGCCAAAAGGAAAAAGUGGAAAAGUAGCAUCUUUACAAUAUCCGAUGUAGACCCCGAAGUUAUGGAUGAAAUGCUUUUGUUUAUGUAUUCUGGAAAUUUAGAGAAGCCACUGGAAGAAACAGCUAUGAAACUGUACGCAGCCGCUGAUAAGUAUGAUGUCGUUGCCCUGAAGCAAAAAUGUUUGUUCUUUUUAAAAUCGAAUACUACAGUCCAAAAUGUCUGCAGCGUCCUCCAGUUAUCGCAUAUGUAUAACGAUGACGAGUGGCAUAAGGCUGCAUUAGAAUUUUUUGCUGCCCAUGUUGCGGAAGUGUUAUCGACCGAUGAAUGGAAAAAAAUCCCCAAAGAUAACUUUUGGUUUAAAAUUUUGGAAAAUGUCAUUGUUAAGAAUAUUCCUACAGAAAAAGCUGUACCCGAUGUUGAUAGAAAAGUGAAGCAGUCAUAGAAAUCUUAAGAACAAUAUUUUUAAGCUGAACUUCUACCAAUAUGUUGAAUUAAGACUGCAGUACUUUGCUGAAUUCUGAAUGCUCUGGUUCAUAUCAAUAAAAAUUUAAUCUUUCGCCUUGUAAGCAUAGAAAAUAAUGAAAAAGUUAACUUAUCUUCGUGAAAUACUGUUUCGAUGUAAAAGAGAAAACGUAUUUCGCAGUUAAGAUUCAAAGUAUCUAUAAAUAUUACAAACAAGUAAGUUAAAUUACAAUCCUGAAAUUUUGUUUAAUUAGUAUGUUAAUAGCAUUUUAAGAUGUGACGUUUUGGACAACAUCUAAAAUUAUCAUAUUCUAUCAGUGCUCGGUGCAUUUUGUUUCUAUUUUGUUACAGUGAUUCUUUUUUGCCGAAAUAUGAUUUAUUUCGAGAUUAUUUAAUUGAAUUGUUGUUGUAAAUUUCCCAGCCAAAGAUACUUGAGUGCGUAAACAAACAUUUAUAAUUUUCAUUUUUUCUCCAAUAUAAUUUAUUUCUUUUAAGUUUGUACGUGUUCCUGGUUGCAUUUUAAUAUUACUUUAAUUUUGCCAAUUGAUGAAGACAGACUGAUGAUGCCUUGUUAAAGUCUUUUAAACAGAAAGGUGUUUAUGAGCUCUGUCAAUUCAAUUUUCCAUAGAGAACUCAUGAUUAAGAACCAAUCUUAAAAAUUUAUAUACUUUAUGAAUCCUUGCAUCAAUUUCUCUUGAUUUUAGUAACAAGGAACAGUGCUUUUUACCUUGUGUUGGUCACGGAAGUUUUAUUGACUCUUUGUUCCCAAAAUUCUUUUCUUUCGUCUUGUUUUCUAUGUUCAUCUAGUUAUUACUUACUAAAGUUAAUGUACCAAUCAUAAAGAUCCUGACACUGAGAAAAUUAUUAUAACUUGAAAUAAACAGAGAUGAAAGUCAAUGCAUAUAACGAAUUAUUCCGCUUUCGUUUAAAAUUUCUAAAUUACUAAAUUGAGCAAUCAUGAGAACAAUCAAGUCUAAAUUUAAUCUAAGAAACUUAAUUAUUUAAAAAAUUUGAAGUUUACAAUUUCAAGCAUAAAAUACUUUUAUGCAAUUUUUUUUGGCUCAAAAUUAUACACCUUUUUUAGGCAAAUUUGUAAAAAGUCUCUUUUUUGCUCAUGCUCUUUUUUUAUAGUUGCCUUUUCUUCACGAUCACGUAUUUGUGCUAACUAUUCUUUUAUUGUAAUUUAAUAAUCGUUGAUCCGUUAUGAUUCAAUUAUGAAUAAUUAUGUUGUUGUUGUGAAUUGUCUCACUUGUCUGAUAAUUACAUCAGAAAAAGCCAUCGUGGCUAGGAGUUCAAGACUGUGCCUGUCGUUGGCAAGACCUUUGAGCACACAGGUGACAGUACGACUUUUCUCAGUUCCGCUCCCAAUUUUAAUGGAAAGAACUCUGGGGGGGGGAUGGGUCCGAAGGUCUCCCACCCCUCUUCCCCCACCACCAACCUCUGAAGAAGACUUUCAGCUCGCCGAAUAUUUACAGUGCCCCUAUGGUGCACAGACACUAUACAUUUACAAAUAUGUAUGCCUUCUCCGGGAUUCAAACCCGCGCCUAUCGGUACGGCAUUGAACGUCGUUACCCACUAUCCCAAUUGGGUGGUACGAAUAAUUAUUUUAAGAUGCAGUAAUAAAAUGUCAGGAAAAAGCGUUUCUGAGUAGAGAUUCAAAUAAUUUUUUUCUUACGUUAAAGGUAAAUAUCCUUUCAGCUAAAAAGACAGCCAACACAUUUUGAAAAGCAUUCAAAUUUGGAGCCAUUAUAUUCGUCUGGCAUAUGUAUAUAUAAACUGUGCUCUUAUGAUGCCCAUUGGUGUCUGAUAUUUUGAUAUUUAAUUGUUAAAUCAAAAGGUAGCUGUUGUAAAGAAGUUAAUUGGUAACCGGUGAAACACUAGUAACAGCAUUGUUCUUCUUGUACUGCAAAAUGAAAUACGCACUUUUCACUGAAAGUGCCCAGAAUUACAGUUGCACAAUGAGAGAAAACAUUUUUUAAUCUACAUGUUUGUGAAUUUAUGUUGAAUUACUUUUAGAAAAUGUGUAAAUUAUUGUGCUUACUUAUUUAAAGUUCUUAAAUUUUUAAUCCUUUAUCUUUUAUCUUUUUGUUAAUUUCGAAUUUUAUGUUCUGGGGUGUCUUUUAGCUUACAUAAAAAUGGGUUUGUAUACUGCAUGUUCAAAAUUUUAUAUUUUAUUUUCAUUACCAUAUAAAAAGGAAUUCAAAGAAUGAA